AUGCCACGUCCAGAUCCAUUUGCUGCUCUUUAUGAAACUGAUGAUAAAGAAGAUACAAAAUCAAUUUUAUCUUAUGCUGUUAGUAAAAAUUCAACAGCUAAUGAUGAUAAUGAUACACAAUCAAUAGCUUCAUCAAAUUAUGAUUAUAGAUCACCUUUCAGAUCAGGUUCUUCAAAAAGAACUGAUAGAAUUAAACCAAGUGAACAUUCAAAACAUAAUAAAAUUAGUGUACCAUCAAAAUUUUUCAAUAAAGUUGAAACUAAAAAUCAAAAAGAAUUGGAAAAAUUAGCUCAACAAGAAGAAAAAUUAAAUUUAUUAAAACAACAAUAUGAAUCUGAAGUUAAAUUAGCUGAAGAAGCUGAAAAAAAAUUAAAAGCUGAUCAAGAAACAAGAAGACAAAAUUUAGAAAAAUUGAAAAAAGAAGCUUCUGAAAAAGCUAAAGCUGCUAAGAUUGCUCAACAAGAAGCUGAAGACAAAUUGAAACAAAAAACUAAAGAAAUUAAACAAUCUAAAGAAGAAACUAAAGAUACUAAAGAUAAAACUGAAUCAAUUGAAUCAUUAUCAGAUGUUAACGCUGAUGAAGAUUCAUUAUAUCAAACCAAAAAAACAAAUGAAUUGAAUUUACCAAAAGGUUCUAAAACUGAAGAUUUAGCUCAAUCUGAAGCUGAUGAAUUACUUGAUGAAGAAGAGGAUGAAGUCCCAUUAAACAAGGAACAUAACUCUCCAAUCAAAUCUGCUAUUGCUAAUGAAGUUCCAUUAACCGCUGGUACCGCUGGUACUGAUUUAACCGCUGGUUCUGAUGAAACCGAAUUAACAAAACCUGAUACCGCUGAAGAUUUCAAGAAGGAUCCUUUUAAUAAAAAAGAUGAAAAAGCAAAUGAUAUCUCUGGGUUAAGAAAAGCUUCAAUAACUGAAGCUAAAUUAGAUUUAGAUGAUGUUAAAGAUAAAUCUCAAAAUAGAAGAAAAUCAAUUGCUCAAGAAUUAGAUGAAGAAGUUGCUGAAACUAAAGAAUUAGAAGAAGCUAAAACUUUAGAAGAAAAAUUAGGCUCAGAUGCUAAAGAACCUCCAUUAAAGAAAAAAUCUGAUGGUUUUAAGAAUCCAUUUGGUGCUAAUUCUGAAACUGAACAUCAUAAAGUUGACAAAACUGAUGUUAGAGGUUUAAGAAGAGCAUCAGCUGCUGAAGCUAAACUAAAUGAAGAAGAUGCUAAAGCAUCAUUACAAGGUCGUAAGAAAAGUGCAGCAGAAAUUGCUGAUGAAGAACAAGUUGAAGCUAAAGAAAUAGAAGAAGCUGAUGCCUUGGAAAGAACUUUGAGUCAAAGUGAAGCUAGACAAGAAGCUGAACGUAAGAAAUCUACAAGUAAUGCUGCAACUAAUGAUAAUUCUUUAUUAGGUAAAGCUACAAGUGUUUUCACUAAUCCUUUUGGUUCAUCUGGUGAAAAAGUUACUAGUACCAAGGAUAGAAGAUCAAGUAAAGAUGAAAAUGCUCGUGGUUUAAGAAGAGCUUCUGCAGCUGAAGCUAAAUUAAAUGAAGAAGACGCUAAAGCAUCAUUGCAAGGUCGUAAGAAGAGUGUUGCAGAAAUUGCUGAUGAAGAACAAGCUGAAGAAAAAGAAUUGGAAGAAGCUGUUGCAUUAGAAAAGACUUUAAGUCAAAGUGAAGCUAAACAAGAUUUAAAAAACUUGAGAAAAGCUUCAGCCGCUGAAGCGAGGCUAGACGUCGAGACUGCAAAAGAAUCUACUCAAGGUCGUAGAAAAAGUGUUGCUGAAGAAUUAGAUGAAGAAGAAGCUGAAACAAAAGAAUUGGAAGAAGUUGCUGAUUUAGAAUCAAAAUUGGGUAAAGAUGAUGAUGAAGAAGGAAAAUCAAUCAAGACUUCAAAAUCUUCAGGUAUUACUGGUAGAGCAACUCCACAAAAGAAGAAAUUAUUUGGUUUAUUUCAAACAACUUCAAAUGUGAAUGGUAAUGGUGAUGGUCAAAGUGAUAAUGCAUCAAUUUUAUCAAAACCUGCAAGUACUGUUUAUGAUUCAAUUUUUGAAGCUAAUAAAAAACAUGAUGAUAAAUUAAGAUCUUUACAAAAUAAAAAUAAAUUAGCUUUACAAAAAAUUGAAGUUGAUUAUGCAUUAAAGAUUAAAAAAUUAAAAUCAUCAAUUUCUGAAAUUGAAGAAAGAAUUUCUGAAAAUGAAUCAAAAUCUCAAAAAUCAAUUGAUGAGCUUAAAAUUCAACAUGCAGAUAAUUUGAAAAAAUUUGAAAAUGAACUUGAAGAAAGUAAAAAAUCAUUUUUUGAAGAAACUGAAUUGAAAAUCAAAGAAAAAUCUAAAGAAAUUGAAGAUUUGAAAAAACAACAAGAAUCUUCAUCAAAAGAUCUUGAAGAAUUAGAAAAAUUACAAGUUGAAUCAAGUGAAAAAUUACAAGUUUUCCAAGCUGAUAUUCAAAAAUUAAAAAGUGAAAUCAGAGCUGAAGAUUCAAAAUUAGACGAAUUAUCUAAAGAAAAAGAUCUUAAGACUAAAGAAUUAACUAAAUUAAAUGAUGAAAAAGAAUCAUUGUUGGAAAAAUUAAAAGAAGCUCAAUUGAAGAAUUCUAAAUCAGGUGAAAUUUUAUCAAAGGAAAAUGAUGAGUCAUUUCAAUCCCAAAUUGAUUCAUUAAAUUCAGAUAUUGAAAAAUUGACUAUUGAUUUAACAAAAUCAAUUAAAACAACCACUGAUGUUACAGUUUCUAAAAAUAAAUUAGAAUCAAAUUUAACAACAAAGGAAAUUGAUGAAUCAAAAGAACAAUCAAAUAUUUCUAAAUUAAAUACAUUAAAAGAAAGAGCUGAAACUACUGAUAAUCAUCAAACUUCCAAAAUUGCAGAUGGUGAAAAAGAAUUGAAAACUUUGAAAGAAGAUCAAGUUAAUGAUUCUAAAUCUGUUUCUAAAACUAGUGUUAAAGAUGAUUCAAAAACUUCAAAUGAUGCCGCUUUGAAAGAAAGAGAAGAAUUACAAAAGAAAGUUUUAGAAGCAAGAGCUAAAAGAGAAGCUAUUCAAAAAGAAUUAGAAAAUGUUAAGAAUUCUGAUUAUGAAUUUUUUGAAAGAGAAAGUAUUGCAGAAUUAUAA